AUGUUGCGCUCCACCGUGGAAGGCUGCGUUUGUUCAAGGAGGCAACCAGCGCGGGGCUUGAGCGCGGGCAAACCCGCGCCCGGAACCACGGCAUCCCCGCCCCUCCCCCUCGCUCGCCCCCGCCCCUCUGCGCGGGAGCUCGGCUCCUCCUCCUACGGCCCCCGGCGGAGCGGGAGGCGGGAAACGGCCGCCGCCGCCGCCGCCGCCACCUCCCGCCCGAACCCGCUCCCGGUGCCGCGCUGGCCCGGCGCCGCGUCCCUCUGCGUCCCGCUGACCUGUCAGUCCACCUCACGGCUGGAGCCGGCGGGGGCCGAGCCGGGCUCCCCGGCAGCCCUUCCCCGCUCAGGCCCGGGAGUCCGCGUGUCGGGCAGUCAGUCUGUCUUUCCGCCGCGCCGAGAAAUUGGUGUGAGCAGAGAGAAGCGUGGCUACCGGUGCCCAACCUCGAUAGGCGCGGGGCCUUGGAUCAGCGAGAUGUGGACUGCAUUUGGCCAAAUUGUCUGCUUUUCUGAGUCUUCAAGACUGCUGCUUUGGAGUCACUGGAGGCAGCUCUGUUUAUCCCAGAAUGAUCACUGAAGUCAGCAUAAGUGGGUCCGUUAGGCCUCAGCAGGGUUUCAGCCAUCCUGGAGUCAGGCACUGGGAACAGAACAGGCCAGUGAUCAGCUGUGUCCAUCUUGGGCAUCCCCCCCAUAAGGUUCUAGGCAGUCGCCAAGUGCUCUAACAACGUACAUCUUCCUGAAACCUGAACAGAUUUCUUCCAAUUCCUUGGCGCUUGUGAAUACUCCUUAAAGUGACAGUUUUCUGAUCUGAUUUGACCUAAUGUGCCCUACAAUACCUAGAUAUAUUAUGCUGGAGGUUUAACUGCUCACUGUACUGCUUUAUCAUACAAUACAGAGACCAACAUAAGUUGUUGACAAAAAUUUAAGAUCUUCCAAAAGAAGUAGAUAGCUCUCUUCUCAGCCUUAGUUGAAAAUCUUCAAUAAAAGCUCACAGCGUUUAUCAAGAUGGAAAUUGGUUGGAAUAAAUUAAUGCACUUGUGAUUGUGGAUAUUAAUGAAUUGCAUUUGAAUUUGCCCACAAAACAGAUAGUUCUCUAUGUGUUUUUAAAAUAGUGCUAAACUUUGUUACAAGUUCAGUCUUUGAAAAAUCUAUAAUUGUUUUAAAAUUGAUUUGAAGAAUAUAAAAUGGCAUUAUAUUUUUAUUA